AUGGUUAGGGGAUAUGUGGAAAGGGGUAUCUUCACUAAACCUCAAAGAAUGCAGUUCUCCAUUGUUGCCAUCAUCGCCGCCGGCUUCGCCGCCGCCGCUCCCCAGGGCACCGCCCCCACCACCACCACCGCGCCGACCCCGACCGGCACCCGCGCCCCCGUCUUCUGCACGGCCGGCCCCGUCGUCGACUACACCGUGGUCUCCGACGACACCCUGACCACCAUCUCGCAGAAGAUGCAGUCUGGCAUCUGCAACAUCGUCAAGGCCAGCAACCUGCAGAACCCCAACUUCAUCAAGCUGGGCGAGGUCCUCAAGGUGCCCACCAACCCCUGCAAGCUCGACAACGUGUCGUGCCUGGCCAAGCCCACCGAGAACCUGUCGUGCGUCAAGGGCGGCGCGUCGACCUACACCAUCGCCUCGGGCGACACCUUCUUCCUGGUCGCCCAGAAGUUCAACCUCGACGUCAACGCCCUCCUCAAGGCCAACCAGGGCGUCGACCCCCUCCUGCUCGAGGUCGGACAGACCAUCAAGGUCCCCGUCUGCUAA